UUUUUAGUGUCAAUAAUAACACGCCGGCAGUAAAACGCGGUGGAUUUAUUUUAAGUUCUUCUUUUAUUUAAUGUCUACCGGUAAAAAGUGGUUUGAAAUGCAUGUUUGUGGUAUUGAAAUAAGUAACAUUAUUGCGACCUCGGCAUGCAAAACAUCGCGCGCUUAAGCUCGAAUCAUAAACGUUUACCGCAUGCGGCAAACACGUGAAACCAAAUAUAAUAAAAUUAUAAGGAAAGAAGAAACAACAGACCAUGGCUGACGAUUUUAGUUUAGAUGAGAUUGGUUUUCUGCUAAGCCCACCACAUGAGCGAUCGCCAAAUGAAAUGGCGCCCGCAAACGGGAAGUUGUCGAAAAAGCGCCUUCUAAUCGGCGACCUCAUUGCUAACAACGAUGAGCUAGUGCGCCGAGUGAAGGAGCUCGAGGGACAAGAGCAGCAGCUGUGCAGCAUAAAGCGUACCGCUAGCGAGGUAACCGAGCUAUAUAAGCAAGAGAAGAAACAACGCAUCGAAUUCGAGCGCCGAGCACUUGAAGAAAGCGGACGUUGCUCCGAUCUGGAGAAACAGUUGGACAUACUAAAACUAAACUGUGAACAGCUGCAGGAAGAAGCCAAGCUUAAGUCUCUGCCAGUUGACUCUAAAGAUAUUGUCAUUAUUUUUAUGCAACUAGCGUUGCGCAUUCAAGAGGAUUCCUGUUCAGGCGGACUAACGCGGGCCGAGUAUAAUAUGCUGCGCAAGCUAAAAGAUUAUUGCAAGUCGGCAAAUAUUUCUGUACCUCCUUCGAAGAGCCUAAUGAAGAAACGAGCAAAAAUCUUAACUGCAACGAAAGCAACUUCAACAGAAACAUUGGUAACGCCCACAAUGCCUACGAUGUGCUCGAUUGGCGUACAAAGUGAGAGAUUUGUAACCACGCGUGAUCAGAGCGUACAGCAUAAGAAUACCACAACAACGCGCGGUACGACGACAGCCGCGCUUAUCGAAACGCGCACCGUGGGCACCUGCUUUCCAGAGCCGGAACCACCUCUUGACGCUUAUCAAAUAUUGGAGAAGAUGCUAGGGUGGAACAUUACGCCGGUGAGCCCUCUCUCUGAUGAGCCAUUCGUACCCGAAGAGUUGCCAAUGAUUAGUGUGGGCACAAACACUGACAUAUGCGAUAUACAUCGUGAGAUUGACUACCUGCCCGUGCUGCCAGCUCAAUUGAAACGUUCGGAUUCCCGACCGCCAUCACGAACCAUGCACGACAGUGUCAAGGAUGAGCUGACGCCGCCCAUCGAUGCAGCGACACCAGAUGGCUACAGUCACACCAUGGCAAAGAAACUGUUCAACUUUAUACCGCACAGUCAAAGUGUUCUCGACAAGAUGCCACCUCAGGACUUCGAGGAGAUCUGGCAAAUCGUGGGCCAAAUGCUGCUCGUUGCCCUACAAAGUCGCCCCGCGAACUCCAUUAGCCAGACUGAUUUUCGCGACUGGUUUUACUCGCUGUACGAGAGCCACCAGACUCAGAACGAUGCACCCUGCAUCGACAUUAGUAAUAAGGAAACAUUUAUGGCCCCAGCAGGUGAAGAAUUGUCACCUGAUGAUCGCAAUGGUUCCAUAGAAACACCGCCUCCAGAAAUGGGCUUGGAACUAACCCCGAUACGACUGACUCAAUUCAAGGAGAUAGAGGAACUCAAUACCACGCCAAAGAUUAAUGAACAAAACUCAUGCGCACAGGAAUGUAAGAAAAAGAAGAAGAAAAAGAAGAAGGAAAAGAAGAAGGAAAAGAAGCAGAAAAAGAAGAAGGAACAAUCAAUACCCACAACACCUACAGAAACUGCAGUUAAUUUCCUAACUAAUUUAAGUGAUUUCCACAACUCUAACUGUGAUAACUUAGACAUUCAGCUGAAUGAAGAGGAACGCGAACUGAUGCAACUGGCGUCUUCAACAGCAAGUAAUAUGCUGUCGUCAAUCACAUCUCCUGUUCAUAAGGACUUUCUUUCGCUGAGUCCAGUAACGGACAUGUCCUCUAGUCCGAUAUUUGAUGAAUCUUUAAAUGUGGAUAAACCACAGUCAAUGAAUGCAAAGCCACUAGGCACACGUGCAGCCCACAUCGAUUUUAUGGCCUUGUUUGGCAGUGAUUCGGACUCGGCAGAUGAUCAAGCGUCUGCAAACACGAAAGUAGUAGUUGAUGAAGUAAACGCUGACAUAAACUCAAGCAACACGGAAGAGGAGAUACCCAAUGGUUGCGAUGUCCGGCAUAAGGAUACACCGCCGGAGCCCAAUUCGGUCAUUAAUAAUAGUGAUCUUGGUUGCGAUUCCCAUCACAUUAAUAAGACAAAUCGGUUGCAGCGCAAGCGAAAGCUAAGUUCGCGUAACUCAUCUGAUACUCAGUCAGGAACUAGUGAAGAUGGGAAUAUAGUUACCAGCGAUGACCAUCUGCAUGUGGACGAUACAAACAACAAACGUUUAGGUGGCUUUUCUGAGUCUCUAUCUGAAACUAGAGUAGAGGCGAAUCCAGUCACCAGCGAUGAUCAUACUCAUGUGGAUUAUACAAACAAUAUACGUAACCGUCUCUUAUCUGAGCCUCCACCUGAAACUAGAGUAGAGGCGAAUUCAGUCACCAACGAUAGUCAUCCAAAUGCGGAUUAUACAAACCAUACACGUGGGCGUAUCUCGUAUGAGUCUCAGCCGAGUGCUAGAGAAGAGAAAACAAGCAAUAGACGUAAACGUAGCUCAUAUAAGUCUAUGUCUGAAUCUGGCGAAGAGACUGCAGUCACCAGCGUUGGCCGUCCUCAUGCGGAGGAUACAAAACUUCGCAGUGCUGGUGCAAAGCAGCCUUCACAGGUUGCUGUCACAGUUCCUCCGGUGAAAUGCAUACGAAGAGCAAGCAAGCGUAUUGCACUCAAGAAAAAGUCAACAUCAAAUGAGGAAUCAGUCGAUUCCAAUCAAAGUGUGGACAAGAAAUCAGUAUUCGAUGAUCUUGAGAAUGGUACGGAUCGUCAUGAUAUGGAUGCAGACAAAUUGGCUGUGAUUAUUCCUACUGAGAUCAAAAAACUAGAGACAAGCACAAUCAUAUGUGAAACAGUCGCGUCCCAGCUCACGAUAAAUGAUGAAUCAGAUCACGAUGCGGACAGCGGGGAAAGAGGUUUAAUUAUCAAUGAAGACAUUCAGCCCGAUAACGAAUACAUUAACGAGACUUUACCAUCAGUAUUGAUUGAUCAGUACAUGAAUGAAAUGUCUGAGGAUCCAAGCGAAUCCGAUGUGGACACCAUGGACCAGAACCCAGUCAGCAAUGGCGGUCAUCACAGCGAUUCCGGUCAUGAUGAUGACAACACAUGUCUGCAAGAUAAUAUUGAAAGCCCGACUGUGAUAUGCAGUUCAUUUAGCAGUUUGUCCGAAUUGAAUGGCUCUGAUGCACUUGUCGCCCCGGAGCAUUCCGAUGAGGAUAAGCAGCAAAAUAGAAAGCCGCCUGGAAAACCCAAGCAACACUGCAGCAUGAAUGACUCAUUCGAAUCACAGUGCACCUCGAAGCGUCUCACGCGCUUGCAGGCUAAGCAGCUGCAGCUGGAUGCGGAUGAUCAAGAGUCGAGCAGUGGAAUAGCAGUGCAGGAAAGCUGUCUAUAUGAAAGCUCGCCUAUGUCGCCCACUCUGCCGGAUAGCUGCGAAGCGAUUGGCAGCGAGCCCAUAGAAAUUCCACUGAACUUACCUGGGGGCAAAAGAAGCCUGGGUGCGCCAAAGCCGCUGAUAUCCUACAUGAUCAACGCGUAUAAGGCAGAGCCCAAGAAGCACCAGACUAACAAGCCAAAAAGGAGGGUGGAUAUGCUAAAUUCUCAGUUACGCGAAUAUUUGAAACAGUCAGACGAGUUGGAACCGACGUCUAUUCAGUAUAAGGGAAUAGACGACCAAUAUAUAAUCAUUGCCUUAAUAGCGGCAUAUAGUGAAGCAAGCGACGAAACUGUAAACAAUACGAUUGUCAUGCAACGUACGCUGACGCUGAUCAAACAAUUGCAGUGUGAGAAGAACUCGUUUAUAGGACACUUCAUGAAAAUAUUGGAGCAGCGUUUGUUCAAGGCGAAGGAUAGGCUUACCGAUCCAGCGGCAUUCAUGUGUGUAAAGCUCUAUUUACAAUUGAUUGGACUGCAAGCAAUGCAAGCCAAUCCCGUCGAGAGCUAUGAGAAUCCAGCGCGCCUGUUCCUAGCCAAAAUACUCUACCACUACAGCAAGCAAAUGUCGCUAUUGGUGAUGGAGGUGCUCUGUCAUUAUCCCACUGUGCUGCCACAUCGCGAGGAACAAUCGUAUGAUCACAGUGAUCCAUUGAUCACGGUCAUAAAGCAUCUGCUCAUGUGCAAUACGUACAAUGUCAGCGAUCCAAACGGACCCGAUCGUGCACUGAUAUCCAAGCUGCGAUACGAAUAUCACUUCCAGCCCUUUAAGCCAAAGAAGCAGGAUGUGAUCGAGAAUCUGAUCGAGAAAAUUAAAGCGGGGCGCACGCAUGAGCUAAGCUAUGCCUUUGCCCUCUUCUGCAGACGAAGCAUCCAACUGAACGUGACCAACAUGCUAAUGAAACAACUGAUCGCGCUGGUGACGAACUACUGUGAUUUGUGCGUACAAACUGAGGAGUACGAUGCGCGCAUGGAAUGCCUGCUGCAGUGCACAUCGAUGAUUGCCAAGCAACAGCAUCUGGACAGUAAUGUGGAUCUCACUACCUACUUAACGCUCUUCAAACGGAUCAUCGUGGCGGUGCCGCGGCCUGGCGUCCAGGAGGCAGCCGUCCAGGCCAUACUACGCAUGCAGCGAUUCGGCUACGAAUUCGUUGUAGAUGCCCUCCAGGGCUACAAACCCACUUAUCCACUGUCACCGAUGACACGCGCUAUGCUGCGCAGCUUUGUCGAGCGCCGGUAUUUGUACCUGCUAGCAGCAAAGGCAUGAAUCAACGUAAAUAGUUUUGAA